AUGAUGCAAAAGUUUGUGGAGACGGUGGUGGUGUGUUCGGAGGUGGCAGCGAAUAUUGCGCGUGCGUGCCGUUCCGAGGAGGCGUUGUUUCAUCUGUUGGUCGAGGAGAAGGUCGGCGAGAGUCGACAGAAGUUGACGAGAAGUGAUUUCAAGACGGUGGCUGAUGUGUUGGUGCAAGUGGCUGUUAGAGAACGGUUGGUGCGAGAGUAUCCCUCACUGGUGAGUCAUGUGCAUGGUGAAGAGGACGACAGUGUUCUAAUCGAUGAUCGAAGAGUGUCAAUCCGGUUGACCGAAUCCGAGGAUGACACAGCGAGAAUGCUGUCACGGAUAUUGAACGACGAAACAGCAGCUGCAGCUCUCGCAGCCGCCGUGCACCAAGCCGUUCGUACAGUACCAGACAGCAGCCUCUCAGACAUCGGUUCACUAGAUAUUGACACAGAAAACAUUGCUGUUUGGAUUGAUCCUAUUGACAACACUGGCGCUUACAUUGCUGGUCGAAAUGGCACACUAAAUGAAUAUGGAAUUUUUAAUGACAGUUUACAGUGUGUCACUGUCAUCAUUGGAGUGUUUGAUCGUUCAACAGGCGAGCCCAUUGUGGGAGUAAUAAAUCAACCAUUCUUUGAUUGCCGAGGGGCAACCUGUUGGGCAGGCAAAUGUAUAUGGGGUGUAGCCUACGAAGACUGCUUUUGUAACUCGCUGAAAACGGGCCUAGCACAAGGACCGACCACAACAGGUUUAUCAUCAUUAGCAUCAGCACAAGACAACAUGUUGUUGGUUCUAAGUCAAAGUGAAUUACCAUCUGUUGUCAAGCUCUUGUCUGAUCGUGGAUUCACAAUACAAUAUGCUGGUGGUGCAGGAUAUAAGCUACUGUGUGUGAUAGAGGGUACUGCGUGUGCCUAUCUUGUCUCUACCAGCUCGACAUUCAAGUGGGACACGUGUGGCCCUCAUGCUAUUCUCCGUUCCAUGGGCGGGAAUCUCCUCUGCUUAAAAAACGUCGUAAAGAAACUUCCCUCCCACUAUCAUCUGAUUCAAUACAAUCGGCCAGACAUGGGAGGACUCACUGCAGGACAGAUGUGGAGAAACGAGGGAGGAGUGUUUGCAUUUGCAAACAGGCAAACAUUAGAAACUGUGGUGGAUGUUCUAGACCCAGUGGUUGGUGAUCUUUAGCCUCAAUGUAAGCAUGACAUAGUAAACACAUUAGAUCAAGCUGCAGUGCAAAUUUUGGAAACUCAGAGAGAGAGACAGACAGAUAGAGAGUAAUUAGUGUAGAGACUGCUACACUGCAUUAUAUUGUUUACAUAUCUCAUCACUGAAGUUGAAUGAACAUACAAAUAAUAGGUUUAUUCAAUUAACUACCAAGCUAAUUAUUACUAAGUCCAUAAUUUCAAGUCAUGGAGGAGUUCAGCAAAACUACUGAGCAUGUGGAUGUGCUCUUGAUUAUGAAUUUCCUGUAUUAUAAUCAGAUGGUUAUCGACACCUGGUUGGUAAACCUUGUUUAAGCCCUUUCACUUUCCUUGCUUGUCACAGACAGCUGAAUAAACUGCCACUGGAAGUGUGUCUGUCUCAACCCAG